AUGCUUGUUGGUUGUGGCGGUGGUGGGUCUUCUUCAAAACCAUCAACUUCAACACCUCCGACCAAUCCAACCGAUCCCACCGAUCCCACUACACCAACUGAUCCUACUACCCCAGUUGAAAAAGAGCCAUCAGUAGUUGAUACAAAUACGACUGUUGCAAAGGUAAAAGUUGGGGUGCUUGAUAGUGGUGUUGUUGAAACAGAAAGCCUAAAGGGUUCUAUUUCCUCAAUCAAAAAGUAUUCAUUUAAUACUGCAACCGGCGAAGUUACUGUCACUGAUCUAUCUAAUGCUUCUGCUAAGCUGCAGGACAAUGGUAAUGGCAUGCAUGGCACGUUUGUAUCAACUAUAAUUGCAGGAUCAAGUGUAAAUGGUUCUGCCGAGGGAGUUGCCAACGGUGUAGCUGAAAUUUAUGCAGCUCAAACAACCGAAAAUGGUAUUGGUACUUCUUAUACAAAAACGUUCUUUUUUGCCGCCAAUGAUCAAAUGAUGAAAAAUGGUGUCAAGUUAUUCAAUAUUUCUUCUGGUUCAAACUGGAACUUAACUGACGAAGAAAUGAUUGGUGUUAUCAAUCAAUCGGGUGCCUUGGACGUAGUUAAGAAUGGUGGCUUGUUGGUUUUCUCUUCGGGUAAUGAAGGGCUUAAUGAGCCAUCAUCUUUAGCAUUAUUCCCUAAAUUUAAUGCUGAACUCGAAAAAGGAUGGCUUGUUGUUACGGGAUUAAAUGAAGAUCACACGGCUCUAUACCGAGAUAAUAGUGGUGAAGGCGCUAACGCAUGUGGUGCGGCUGCAAAAUGGUGUCUUGCUGCUGAUUACGUAAACAGCAACCUAUCAAACACUGCUCUAAGUGACUAUUUAUAUUCGUUUCAUGGAACAUCUGGCGCAGCGCCUCAAGUAACGGGUACGGCUGCAUUGGUAUGGUCUAACUAUCCUUGGAUGACAGCAGAUCAGGUUCGUCAAACUUUAUUGACAACUGCUGAUUACAUGGACGAUGGUAGUGUUAAUAAUGGUCUAUACAAUGAAACCUACGGUUGGGGUUACUUCAACAAAGACAAAGCUGUAAAUGGCGUUGGAAUGUUUACCAAAGAGUUUGGUAACUUUGAUGCGAACGUAACUGAUGGUUAUGUUGGUGUUUUUUCUAAUGACAUUAAAGGCGAUGCCGGUUUAAUUAAAAACGGUAAUGGUCGUCUGGUGCUUUCAGGUGAAAACUCAUAUACAGGUGAUACGACUGUUAAUUCGGGCGUUUUAAAGGUAUCUGGUGAUACAUCUAGUUCAGUAUUUACGGUUAAUGGUGGUGGUACAUUACUUGGCGGUAAUGGCACAACUGGAUCAGUAAACAACUAUGGCAACGUCUCAACAGGUGAGGGUACUUUAGCGGUCAAAGGUGACUAUACCCAAUCUAAAGAUGCGUCUCUAACCUAUAAAGUUGGUAAUGAACUUACUGUCUCUGGUAAAGCGAACAUCGAUGGUGCUCUAAACGUGACAGCAACCGCUGCUAAAUAUGUUCAAACAGGCACCCAUACGGUACUAAAUGCUGAUGGUGGAUUAACAGGCCAAUUCUCGGAAGUAAACACUAAGAGCGCAUUCUUGACUGUAGGUAAUACGGCUUAUGAUUCAAACAAUGUGUAUACCGAUGUUGGUUUAAAGUCUGCUUCUGAGACCGCAUCGAUUAAAGGUGGUGUAAGUACUGCUUCUGCUCAAUUGACCGAUAAACUUCUUGCUAAAGCUGAUGAAUUGUAUAAAUCCGGUGAUACUAGCAAUAAUUUGGUGAAUUAUGCAGCCCAAUUGCAAGCGAUUACCACUGCUGACGGCGUACAGGCUGUCUUGAACAGUAACUCAGGUUCAAUCUUUGCUGAAACAUCUUCGGUAUUACUUAAAAACCAAAGUUUGGCAAAUGGUUCGAUUGUUCGUCAUCUAAGUGAUGCCGGCUUAGAUGCUAGUGGUGUUUGGGUGGACUACACAGCAUUAACAACCAAAAAUGGUGCAAGCGGUUGGGAUUCGGUUGAUUCGGAUGUUUACUCUACAAGUGUUGGUGUUGAUUUCACACUGAAUGAUAAUGCUUUAAUUGGUGGCUAUGUAUCGCAACUUAAAGAUAAGUCUGAAUACAGUUUGAAUGCCAAUAAAGCUGAAACUGACCUUACUGGCUUUGGUGUGUAUGGUAAGUAUUUAUUCAGUGAUGCUUAUAUGCUUGGGACACUCCAUUACGGUUUAGGUGAUACUGAAUACAGCCGCAAUGUGAACUCUGGUUUAAGCACUGAGCAGUCGGUAAUUAAAUCUGAUACUUCUGUUUUAAAUUCUUAUGUUGAAGCGGGUCGAAACUUCAAUAUGAAAACUGGUUCAGGCUCUUUAGAUGUAACGCCUUUCUUUGCUGCUUCAUAUGCAAGCGUUAAGACUGAUGGAUUAUCUGAGCGUUUAACGACUGGCUUAAAGGUUAGUGAUUCUGACGCAGAAGAGUUUGGAUUGCAUGCAGGCUUACGCUUAACAAACACCUUCUCUAAUGGCUUUACUUUGGGUGGUUUUGCUCAAUACACUAAUAUCGUAGAUCGUGACUUAUCUAAAGUAUCGGUGGCAUCAAACUUAGAUAAUGAUAUCUCUGUUGAUUUCACACCGCCUGAUUUUGAUAAAGACUAUUUCAUUUAUGGUCUAAAUGCGAAAUACGAAACACCAAUGAGUAAAUGGGUGUUGUUCGGUAAUGCUUUUGCAGUUUCAGACGAUGAUAGCGGCUACUUAGGUCAAGUGGGCUUUAAGUACAACUUCUAA